CAAAUUUUAACGUUACCUUACCCACUACCUCCUUAUUCACUGACUGUUAAGACCAAAGUCAGAAAAAGCGUUAAGACGAUAAUUAAGGCACUGUACGGAGAAUCAACGAGCGGUCGGUUCUCUUAGAAACAAAACAUUUGGAUAUUUCGUUAUAAUAAUUUUCAAGACGGAGUCGUUUGCGAAUAAUACCGUUAAGGAGGAGGGGAGCGGAGUGUUCAAGCAGCAGUGGCCCAUGCCAGAGGCAAAUCUGAAUAUGGAAGCGCCAAAGCUAGCUGAAAUGAAGAGCUACCGCCGGAAGAAUGCGUCCCUCUCUCCCAGUGCUUCUCCUGCCAAGGCCCAGCGGACGCAUUUGUCGCUUGACGAGAAGAUCACGCUGAUGCGGUUGGUAAUCCGCCAUAAAAACGAGCUUGUGGACCGGAAAACCAGCGAGUUCUAUGCGAAGAUUGCGAAGAUUGGUUAUGAACAAGAAGGAUUGGCCAUUCACACCGAGUCUGCUUGCAGAAACCAGAUUAUCAGUAUCAUGCGUGUGUACGAACAGCGUCUUGCGCAUCGCCAACCUGGUAUGAAGACUACACCAGAGGAAGACGAGCUGGAUCGGUUAUGUGAUGCGUGGAAGCAGCGUCUCGGUGAAUUGCAACAGUACCGUGAAAAGUUUCUGGUCGGCAAACGCAAGUGCGAUUGCGGCAAUGAAGAGAUUAACGCCAAGCUCAAAAAGCUCACAGAGGAGCAGCAGAACGUCGACAUGUUAAUAGCAAAGGUUAACUUUUUGUCGAAGCAUCUUCAUGACAAUGAGGAGAAACUCGUUCAAAUUACAGCCAAAAUGGAUGAGGUUCUAGCAGAAAACAAGCGUCUUUUUCACCUUAUUCAACAAACAGAAUUGAUGCCUAAACCUCACUUCAAGCCUGUUGAAGAAACAGACCUACACGACACUCAUCCUUACGGCUCUCCAGCUUCCGUUGGCGUAAACUUGAACGCAGCUAUGCACGGAGCUAUGCACCCUAACAUUUCACCCAACUUGAGUGAGCACUAAACAGUUUACGCCUGCACAAAAGUCGGAUUUCAUCUUUCUAGCGACAGAAAUCCACGUACAGUUAUUCCACUACCCAGUGCGAAGUAAUUACGAAGAUCGUUGUGUGUUUUUGAAGUAUCCUUUUGACUCAAAGUUUCUUUCUUUUUUCUGUUUUCUUUCAAAUGUUCGUCUUUUCCUUGUUCUCAACGCUGUCAAUGCGCCCUGGAACUUGUACUCUUUACAGUGGUUGGUGUUUCCCGUGUGCACCGCGUGAAUGCUGGACCGAGUUGCGCUGUGUUACAUUCAUGGGAUAUUAGUUUCAUUACAACGAAUAAACAAUUACAUGAAGAGUCGACCUCCUAUACUGUAUUAUCAAUUGCCCGUCUUUUGUAUGCGCACACUAGAUAUAAAACCAACUGGCUUUUGAUUGUUUAAAUGGCUUGAUGGCUAUGUUAAUGUUGUCCUACGAAACCCGCCCAUGCUUGUUCGAUUGGUAUUAGUUUGUAUGUGGGCUUGGCUGCUUGCUCCGUUUGACUGCGAUGAAUCUCAGCAACUUGCUGGACACCCUGGUCAAUAAGGUAUUGCUUUAAACGGUGGUAAUUCAGGCCAACUUGCGCAGGGCCAUGACUGUCAUCCGACAGCGUUAUAAGUGCUUUCGAAUCCAAAAUGCGCUAGUGAAGUGAUCGUUAACAAAAGAACAUGGGAAUUACUCAACCCGCCAGUCCCGUCCGUCUUCGUCGUACCUGUAAUAUAUCUUUCUUUGGAUAUGCAGUAUCCCAGCCCUUGCGGAAGGCAGAAGAAUUGAGCUCGAAAAUGCCGCCGUACGAGUUUACAAAGUCAAUGUUGCGCUGCACCCGGUCCGAAACCUUCUGAGAGUCUGCAAAAACGCGAAGUCCUGCCUCAGGACUGAACAGCCGGAUCAGGUCGAAGUGGGCAACGACCAGAGGUUUCAGUUGGCGAAGCAUUUCGUACUGAUGGUCAAAAUAGUCUACGAACAGCUGUUCGUAAUCGUCGUUUACGGCGUGCAAGGCUGCUUCCCACAGCGCAGGGGAAAAGUCGAUGGGUAUUGUAUGAACGUGGUGGACGCUGCCGACGAUAUAAUCCAAGUCAUACUUGUCGAGUAGACUUCGAAUAAGUUGUACAGAUUCUGGACGUAUGUAGUCAAUCUCAGAGCCCACCAAAAUGUUAAUGCGAUCACCGUAAGCCUGUUGCAGGCGGCGUGCUUCCUUGUAAUAUGCGUCGAACGUGUCGAACAGGUCUUGUACCUUUAGGUGUUUCUAAGAAAAGUAUUGUAAGAAGUUGUUCAAACCCAGUUUAAUUACUUCUCAGGCGAAGGUAACGUACUUCUUCCUCAUACAAGUCCUCCUCGUGGUCCCUGGGUGCAUGCUCGGUGAAAGCGAAUGUUUUAAAUCCUUGUUUUAUAGCUUCUCGAAUGACCUCUUCCAAGUUUCCAGAGGCGUGCAGACAGAAUCUUCGUUACAGAAUCAUUAGUUAAAAAAUGACAAUGGGAAAACUUCUUACUGUCCACUGUGAGAAUGUUGAGAGAUGGGCAUUUGCGUACUUUCAGCGGUUUCGCAGGUUGGAAGACGGAAGAAAUAGUAAAACCAAAUCCCGCUCUAACGACGGCCAAGAACUAUUUACAAACACACUUAGGUGAACAAAUGGAAAGCCGUUUGCAUCACUAGUCCACCGUAGUAAUGUAUUUACGGUGUCUUAGGGGUAAAAAUAAUAUAUAUAUAUAUAAAAGGUGUCGGAAAAGGUCGAACAAAAAAAAAACUACAGAAAUUGUAUUAUAUCUACCAAACCAAGCAACUUUCAGCCCAGAAAUCGGCUCUCUUUCGCUCGCUUUUACCGUACAUAAAGUCG